ACACAUGUUUUGUUUGUUUGUGUUUUCGUUCGGCUGAGAAAAGGAAAUUUUGAUAAUUUGCUAGUCAUUUUCUCACGCGACUCAAAGAAAAAAGAGCCAUGGGAGAGACGAACCUUCAGCAUGAAGACUUGCUCAUCAAGCUGCGGGCCAAGCUUAACGAGGAGAAAGUCAAGCUGUGGGAAAGCCCGUACAUCUUGCCCGAUAAUGAAUUAUCACAAAGUUUGCAGGACUUGGCAAAAAAAUAUGCCACUGAACUUUCCCUGGAUGUGGAUGUAGUGCUCCAAGCAUUGCACGAGCUUCAACUGCACUCAAUUGACCGAUCAAAGGCCAAUGCUGAGUUCAAAGAGACGGGAUGUGCUACGUUCAGGGUCAAAGCCACAUUGCCUGGAGAGAGGCCUAGAGUGUUGAAAAUCCAACGGAAACUGGACGUUCUAGGAAGUGAAUUGAUUAAAACUGUGGCGGAAGAAGUCGGUGUCACAGAGAGCAGAGUAAAGCUAAUAUUUAAUGGCAAAGUAAUAAAGCCAGUGCCCAAUCUAGAGCAGCAGGGUGUGAAGAAUGGGGCCCAGAUAAUGGCUCUUAUUAUGGCUGAGGCACCUGAAGUGGUGAAGAAAGAAGACACCAUGUACAUGGAAAUGAAAGCAACAAGGGAUGAUGCUACUUUGCUGACCGAGUAUGUUGACGAUCUGGCUGAUGAUGAUGAUGAAUACAUAAAGUUGGAGGACCAAUCCGGCAAGACGGUGCACCUGCCAGCGGCUGAGCGGCGCUCGCUGAUGGUGGGCUUGGCGCUGCACGAGCGAGGCCGCGCCGCCGCGCGCCAGCGGGACUACUCGCUCGCGCUCGUGCUGCUACUCGCAGCUGACGCACAGCUCAACGAGUGCAGCUCGUCGAUCCUGAAGUCGGUGGACAACUGGGCGGUGCUGCAGCUGGACAUCGCCUGGUGCUACCUGUGCCUGCAGAACCUCUCCUCCGCCAACGACGCCGCCGCCCGCCUCGCCAGGGCUGAAGAAUCAUUCAAGAAUAGCUACGGCGAAGAUCACCAGCGGCUCAUCGCCUUGAAAGGCACCGCAGCCAACGAGCGAGUGCUGAUCAUGCGGCUGUACCUGCUGCAAGGCAUCGUGGCCUACCACCAGAACAAGCGGGCUGAAGCCAAGGCUCUACUGGAGAAGGCUGAGAACGAGCUGAACUUCUUGCGGGUGGACGAAAACGCAGUGACGGCGCUGACGGAGCUGGGCUGGACUUGCGGACAGGCGCGUGCGGGACUGCGCGCCGCGGCCGGCCAGCUGGACCGUGCGCACCACUACCUGGCCGAGCGCCGCGCGCAGCGGGAGCUGGAGCGCGAGCAGCACCGCCGCGACCGGUGAGCGAGGCUAGGCUCCUCCCCAGCGCCGACGCAGCUGGGCUGGACUGCGGGCAGGCGGCCGGCAGCUGGACCGUGCGCACCACUAC